AUGAUAUUCGAUUCGUUGACUGAGGCUCCUCGCAACCUCAAGGAGGGCAUUGACUGGUUGAUCGCCCUGAAGGAAGGUGAUGCGGUGGAGAAUGUAUUGGCCAUGGGCACUGCUGUUCACAAGUUCCUCGCAGACAAGCCUGUUGGCAAGAUGGAGCUGCCCGCUCUCGAGAAUUACAAGCGUAUUUCACAGAAGUUCUUGGAGCAACCGGAACUUAAGGGCCAGCCAUUCGUAAGCAAGCUGCUGGGUAGGUUCAAAGCACCUUUGAGCAAAAGGCCCGGUGUUCUCGCUAAGUACUUUGGAAAUAUAAUCGAGAGCGAUUAUCAGAACGUCUUGCAGACCAGACGUGCCAAGCCUGAAGUCGUUGCAGCGAACGUCGCCCAAGUUCUGUAUGGUGUUGAAAAGUUUUUGAACGAUAUCAAGGACUCCAAAUAUUACAACCAAGCCUACAGUGGAAGAGCGACAUGGGAAGCGUCGUGCUCGAAGAGCCCGGAAGCUUGCGCGCAGAUCCUCGUGGGCAUCGCGCCCAUGCUAUACACCGGCCUGCGUUCUUUGAAGGAUGCGACUGAAAUCGCCAACAAGAAAAAGCCGAAUUCCAAGGAAGAGCAGCGUUUGGGAGAGAUAUUGAAUGCUGUGGGUUACACGGAGCCCGAACGCCAAGGCAAAAUGGGCAGCGUGCAUCUCCUCAAGGCGUUGAGUGGUGUGGAUGAGCAAGUGUUGGCAGUCCUCUACGAUCUUGCUGGAUUCUGGGCUUUCUAUUGA